AUGUCGCAUCCUCCGGCUCAAGCUAGUACCGUCACUCCGCCAACACGGCAGAACGACACCAUGGAAACCGUCACAGACGCCAACGAUCUGCGUCAGAAGGUGCUCGCUCUACGUCAGAUGAAGAAGGAGCAACUCUUGUCGGCAUCACAAUCGGCGCUCUCGGCACAAAUCGACGUCGAACACAACCGCCUCACCUGGUUUGGAGUCGACGACCCGGACCACCUCUCCAUCCCCGACAUCCCAGCCAACGCUUCCGAGUCCAUCGCUUCCCGCACCUCUCAUGACGACAUUGAAGACGACGACGCCGACAGCACCGUCCUCGGCCACUACCUCGAGGCCUUGCCGCUUCCGCCCCGUACCGUCUUCGUAAAGAGCAUUGCUCCAUCCGCUGCUCGCUCUUCCCACGUCAUCUCCCGCGAUUCCGGCUCUCUCUAUCCCAUCCAGCAAGACACCCUCACCGCGCGGGCCGCCCUGCCUUUGCGACGCGGCUCGAGCGCUCGCACAAGCGUCUCGUCCCUCCAUCGCAACCCUCGUGCCUCCACCAAGGAUGCAUUCGCUUCAGCUUCCGCCCCUUCCGGUCGAAACACGCCCCUGGGCCCACCUCCCACCAUGCCGCUGCCUCCAAGACCCACCCGCUCAUCCCACGACUCGCACUCCCUCUCCUCCCGCACAUCCAGCCGCGUCUCGGCAGCCACCGUCGUCUCUCGGCGCUCGUCCACUAGCGCAUCCUCCAGCUGCAAAAGCGCCGACUUGACCCUCGACGCCUCCGUCUCGACAGACCGCACCGACUCCUCCGACGUUUCGGACGAAGAGCUCGACAGUAUCCGCACCAUCUCCAACCACUUUCCUUCCCCUGUCCAUCCUUCGGCCACCCUUUCGCACCACUCGCUGCACCAGGCUCUCAGUCCGUCGCAGCCUACUUGGCAGGACCUGCCUUUCGACACUCCUCUUGCACGCCGAGACAAGCAGUUUGGCGUCCAAGGCGAGAGUAGCUCCGACAGCGCCCUCUCCGACGUGCUCAACUUGACCGAUCACAGAGGAUUACUUACGGCGAAGCAUCCGCACCUGCCGGUCAGUGUCGCUCGAGUCGGCCUUGGCCCUCGCUCUAUCUCGCCACGAGCCGCAGCUUCCUCUCCCGCAUCAGAGCAGCUCGAAUAUCUGUCGGAUUCCAGCGCCGCCCCAUGUCCAGACCCAGAUCAUGGCACGCGCCCCUCUACAUCGCGCCACAAGCGAACGGGCACCAUGUCCAAAAGCCUGAGUGAGCUCAUGGUCGCACUCGAACUCGAAGCAGAUGACUGCAGACAACAACGACAGCGCCAGUCGCAGACCCAUCACAGUGACUCAGCCCAGCUCGCUUCGUCAUCAAGAUCCAACGACACCGACGGCAGUGAUCUCCAACACAACGGUCCCGACGAGCCCGGCAUCCUCCCCACGUCCGACUCGCUGCCUUCACUCAGUUCGUCCGGGUCUCAGGAUGAAUCUCUCGAUGAUUCGCGCGGUCUGCAAACCGCAGAAUCCUCCUUGACUCGUUCCGUCAGCACCAAGAGCGUCGGCUCCUAUCGCAGAAGCAGCGAUACCGUCCAUGACAACGGAAGCGUAGCCGAGUUCCAAUCCAUCUACAACGCUUAUCGAGAUUCUGCAGCCACUUUCGCGUCUCGCUUCACCGCUCCCACCGUCCGCAUCGAGGAUCCUCAGGGUGACGAGAUCUCUGACUCGGAGCUCGAAGGAGGGAGCUCCUCUGAACUCGACCAAGUGCCUCGCAAACGCAACAAGUCCUCGAGGAAGAAGCAUCUUGGCUUUGAUGAACAGCGAGCUUCUUUACGAAGUCGCUCUCUCACUGUCACCCGCCCGGUCGCCGAUCCUUCCAGGGCCGCUUACCGCUCACGCACAGCAACCGCUCCCACCGACGAGCACAGCGUCUCAUCCACAACCGUCGAUACUCCCACUCAGGGUUUGGACCCCUAUGCCUUCUACGAGUUCUCUCCAAGCCUACCGCCUUUUAUGCCCACGGGACUUUCACCCCGCGACUUGACCGGCAGGGGUACAUGGUCCAGCAUCGUGGCUCGCGCUUCCGAGCGCAUGCGCUCGCGCCAGCCUUCCAUAGCAUCGCUUAGCACGCUUGCCAGCACAGCUACCGGCCCUGUGUCCAUGCGGCAGAUUCGUGCCUCCGCCGAGGCCAAACAGCGCCAAAUCGAUGCUGCCCAUCGCGCCCGAGAGCAAUUGUCGGACCAAUUUGCUGCGAUGAGCUAUCGACCGUUCGCAAUCCACGAUCAUGCCUUGUCGCUCGUCGACCCUUCCAGCACGCCCGUCCAACUCUCUCGCUCCUUCUCGUCGAAAUCCAUCGCCAGCAGCCAAGCAUACGGCACCACGAUGGAAAGACGGUCUUCGACCACUACGCUGGGCUACACUGAAUCCAUCGCGCCCAGCGUUGGCGAGUACGGCUCCAAGUGGCCCGUGGCUGUCGGUGCCGACGAGGCCGUCGGUCCUGAUGAUGCAGCCUCUUCCCACGCUUUCAUCGCCUCGUCGCUUUCCAGACAGCCUUCUUCGAGCCACGGCCAGGCUAAGAAGUACGUCGAGUUCUCGAUGCAGACUUCGCCGCAAUCGACGCCUACAACGGCGGUGAUGCCUCUGCCAGCGGCAGCCGAUAACGCAGUCCCGCACUCUAAUGUCGAACUCGGCUCUCCGUCUCCCGGAUCCGCUGCGGCACAACGAUCAAGCUCUCAUCUCGACUUGUUGGGCAUCGACGCGCCGAUGCGUCGACGCAAGAGCUCCGCCUCGUUGCUCAGCAUGCACGAUCUUGACGCCGAGCUCGAUAAACCUGGCCUCUGGCCUUCGCAAAUUCGAGCUCCUCGCCUCUCGCCUUCAGCACCUGGCCGCGCCAGAAGAGAGAGCGCUGUCGUCGCAAGCGAGGGCCAAGUCACCGUCAUCGACGCCGGCAGCGAUGAAGAGUCGGAUCUGGAUGUCGACGCCAGCUUGGAAGAUCUGGCAGAGCGCUCAGGCGUCCUUGACGCAUCUAGAGGAUCCAAGCGGAAGCUGCGUGUGGACGCAUCCGAGACUCGAGCGUCCGGCGUUACGCCCGAUGCCUCGUCUCGUCCAAUCGCCUCCAUCCCUGCAAGGUCGAAACGCAUCUCGGCAGCCCUGGAUCGCAUCCGCGCCCAGCAAGCUUCUCGUGCUGCUGCAUGGCACAGCUCGGACGACUCCGACGAGGACUCCAUCUGUGACGACGACGGCGUUCAUUCGCCGGUGCAGCGAGGAAAGCCCAUGCAAGCUCGAUCCUCGCUUUCUGUACUGGCGAACAAGUCCCGAGGAUCCUACAAUGCCGACGACACGAGCUGUGAUUCCGCCACGUUGCCCUUGAACGCCGGCAGCCGUGUAUCAUCGGCCAGCUCCAAGUCGGUCUCGAGUUCCAGGAAGCUGCUGAGGUCAUCGAGCCCUGAUCUCAUCGCUCCGCCGAGCGAUGAAGAGGAAGUGCUGCUGACCGAAGAUCUCGAACUGGAUCAGGCAGAGAUUUCGCGCCACGCCAUGGUCGACGACGAGUUUGAUCUUCACGUCGGCGAGGCUGUCACGCCGCGCUUUUCGACUCCUUUGAAGGCGCAGAACAAGGCACUCGUACGUCAGAACAGCGGCAGCCUCGCUUCGGAGACGAGUCGCGAGGCUCAGGUCGCACCACAGGAAUCUUGUCGCUCACGAAGCAGCUCCAUGAGCAGCGUGAUCGAAAUCAUUCAAGAGGCCGACGAGAUCUUGUCCUCCACCGGUCACUCGAUCGGACAUAGCUCUGGUCACGACACGACGAUCAGCGACUCGGGCGGAACGAGCGGACAUGAUCCGCAGAGACCCAACCAGGCUGCUGCCGAAGUCAUUCGACGACGCAUGUCGUUGAGGAAGCAAGGUAUCCAGCCGCCGAUCAUGCUUUUCAAGAGGCAGCCAGAACGGGCAGCUGUGGCAGAGCCUGCUGAUGGCGCGACCGGCGCAGAGAGCGUAGUUCGCACGGGCUGUGACGGGGAUGUGGAGAGUCCAGUCGAGGACGCAUCGACGUCACCAGCUUUGCAAGAUACCCCAGAUACCAUGGCCGGGUCGGAGAUCUGGAGCAGCUUCCACGCCGACCGCCUGAGCACCACAUCCUCAGCCACAACUUGGUCCUACCGCAGCUCGGUCGAUGCGCCCGCUCGCUUGCAAUCCGUGUCGACGCGAGAAUCGGUCGGAAGCGUCAAGGGGGCCACGUCGAAGCCUGCCCAAUCGGUGCCCACGGAUGCAGCGUCAGUAAGAAAGGCUGCUCAGCUCGGUGAGCUUCCCAGCGCUUCCAAGCCGGAGACGACGAACAGGACUACGCCACCCGGUCAACCGAUGCUGCGCAGGAAGAGUAGCGGCAUCCCGACUGCGAGGGAGCGUACCGUCGUGCCCAAGCCAACCCCACGCCCUUCGUGGCCGCUGAACGCCGGCUCGGUGACUUCAGGAAGUGGUGCUGUCCCGCGAAUCGAAAAAGGCGAGAGCGCCUCAAAAGGGCCCGGAGCAGGGAUCCGAAGAUACCAAAGCGCAGCAAGUCUGCGAGGAGCUGCCCUGCGAGCAGAACAGGACAUGACCCAAGCUUCCAGCGCUACUGUACGCAAGGAUGGCCUGGCUAGCAAGGACGGCGCGAGGCGAGCCAGAUACAGCGACGGACAGCACAUCACCCCGUCGAAGGCUAUUCGCAGUGUGGGCGGGAUCACGCCGUCCAAGCUGCCGAGUCUGCGCAGUGUGGCAAGCACAAGCUCGCUGCGGUCCCAGGGACAGGCCUCUGCAUUGUCUCGGCCCGCGUCAGGCAGCCAACGAGGUGGAGUCCCUCAACGGCUGCCAAAGACGGCGACGAUGGGACGCGAACGUCAAGCUUCGUCGAACGGAGCCGGCGCCCUUUCCUCGGGUCUGCCGUUGCCGUCUUCCUUACGGGCUGCGCCGUCGGCACUUUGCUGA